GUUUAUGAAGCGUGGAGACGUACAUGGGAUACAGAGCAAGAAGAGUUCGGCAGAUUUAGAGACUACGCAACUAGGCGUCCUCAAGAUGCCGAGAGCAUCCGCCACGAGCUUGCGGUGUUGUCAUACACCCUGUGUAACGUGCAAAAGAUAUUGAGUCGCUAUGGCCUUGAAGCCCGAUCGGGGAGGGAUCAAGAAAAACUAUUGAAGCCAGUACCGAAUCCUACCGCCACGGAGCUAGUCGCGUCCGAGUCGUCCUUCAAAGAUUACUUGAGAAUGUGUCGGUCGAACCUGAAUUUCUUCAAGAAGUGCAGGUUCAUCAUUACGGGCAGCGACCGGCGUGCCGAAACAUUCAUCGACCGCUUAAGAGAACGUAAUGAGGUUCUCAGAGGCUUCGUUUACGCCCCAAAGGAUCAACAAAUACUUUUGAACCAACUUUUUGAGAUGAUGGCACGCGCUCAAAACCCAGAAUUUUUGGAAACACUUUAUCGGGAAGAGACUCGCGCAGCGAAGCACGGUCAAAAGUCUCUACCAUAUCGAGAACUUGCGUUGACAGGUUUCUUCUCGAACGCGGUCCAGAGCCGAGACCCUCAUCGUCGCGCCCGGAGGCUCGCCCUAUCGGACAUAGGUCCUGGAAUUGUGGUAGCAGCAUCUCAACCGGCCGAAAUGGCAAUUUUCGAGCAUUGUCCGCCUUCACAACGAAGGCGACUUAUCUAUAUAGAGUGGACGUUUGAUGAGUAUUACAUUGACAUGACUGAGGCACGAGAAAAGGCGGAGAAGAUGGCUAAUAUGCUCGGCGCUUCGAAGCCCGGCCAGCUACUGUUGCCAUACUGCUAUGGCUACGUCGAGGACAAAAAGAAUCAGCGUUUUGGCCUCGUCCUCGCCCCUCCGGAGCAUAUACGAAGUGGGAUCCCUUCGAUGCGAACACAAGGGUUCGUGUCGCAGAAGAGAAUGCCUGUCUCGCUAGGGGCGAUCUUGGAAGCCGCUCAAGGGAGACUGGAGGACCUUAGUAUUCGGUUCAAUCUGGCCAAGAGGCUCGUCAACGCAGUCCACAAAAUGCAUUGCGUCAACUGGGUUCAUAAGAACAUUCGUCCAGGCUCAAUCAUGUUCUUUCCCACCGAGGACACUCUUUCUUAUGGCAAGGAGAGGCGACAGGUUAUGGACUUCAGCCAACCUCUGUUCGUAGGCUUCGGCCGUGCUCGAGUCGAUUCCUCCGACACUGGCUCAAGGAGAGCAAGGAGUCGGGCGCCGGGUCAGAUCACACUCGACGAGUAUCAACACCCUUUGAAACUCCAGAACCCAGACAUGCUCUACUCUCGCUUUUUUGACAUUUACAGUGUCGGAUGUGUUCUGCUCGAAAUCGGGUACUGGCGGCCAUUGCGAAAAUUGGUCGAUCUGCCUGCCGUGAUAGAACGAAAGGACACAGAUGAAAUCAAUUCCAUCAGGGAGAGCAUGAGACAAAGGGCGGAGUCAUUGAGUGGAUUGACGGGAUCAAUGUACGCUGGCGUGGUCGCGAAAUGUCUCGGGGCCAUACCAUCUGGCGGGACAGUUGAAGUGGACAAAGCUGCCUGCUCCAAAUUCCUGGCGGAGAUCAUGUACAGCCUUGGGAAGUGCGAAGCAUAG